AUGGCUUCUCCGUUACAACCACCAUUUCCGACGCACGGCGGUCCGAUCACACCGGAACUGGAUGCAUAUGCCGAAGAAGUAAUCAGCAAGCUCCAUUGCGCCGGCCUGUCGGUAUCAUGGAGCGACGACAACGGAACAGUAGCAACCGGCUACGGCUACGCCCAAUUCCCCACCAGCAAAGCCGACGCAAACACCGUAUACGCCACCGCCAGCACAACAAAGUCCUUCACCGCAAUGAGCGCCCUCCGCCUAAUCCAAGACUCGCAACACACGCCCAACCCCUACUCCCUCCACACAACCCUCAAAUCCGUCCUAGGCGACGACUUCGAGCUCCGGGACAAGCACCUCGCGCAGCACAUCACCCUGCUCGACGCCCUGACCCACACCUCCGGCAUGCCGAACCACGACAGCGCAAUCGCCGCAUCCUCAACCCCGCGCGCAGAGACACGCCGGCUCCGCUACUUACCCCCGUUCGCGCCCGGCGCCCGCGGCACUCGCUUCGCGUACAACAACCAGAUGUACGUCGCCGUGUCGCAUUUCCUGGAGACGGCCACGGCGACGCCGCUGGGCGAGUACAUGCGCGCCAAGAUCUGGCAGCCGCUGGGCAUGCGCGCGACGUUCUACAGCGUUGACGAGGCGCUUGCGGCGGAAGCAGGGGGCGAGGGGGGCGCCGUUGCGCGGCCGUAUUUCUGGAAUGAGGAGACGCGGGGGUUUGAGGAGCAGCGGUUUGAGCGCAACGCGGCGAAUGCGGGCGACGGGGCGAUUAUUUCUAGUGUGGCGGACUAUGCGCUGUAUCUGCGCGCGAUGCUGGCGGAGGAUCCGAGAUUGCUGGAUAAGGAGGGCUUCGCGGAGCUGCGGAGGCCGCGGGUGCGGACGAGCUAUGGGAGGGAGGAGUAUGCUUUGGGCUGGGAGGUGAGCAGGUACCGCGGGGUGACGAUUAUCGGGCAUGACGGGGCGACGCAUGGGUUCAAUUCGCGGAUGCUGUAUGUGCCGGAGCGGAACUGGACGUUGGCGUUGAUGGGGAAUGUGGAGGAGAGAGCGUCGGGGGCGAUUCAUGCUAUUGCGUACCGGACUCUGGAUGACAUGCUUGGGGUUCCGCGGGAAGGACGCAUGGAUCGGGUUCAGAAGUGGUUUGCGAUUGGUGAUCAGGAUGAGCGCGAGUGGCGACAGGCGCGGAAAAAGUGGUUUCCAAAAGCAGCGGAGGGGAAUGCGGCGGCAGGGCAUUCGCUGGGAUUGGAGGCGUAUGCAGGGCGUUAUACACAUCCCGGGUAUGGUGUGUUGACAUUCGAGGUUGUCGACUCGCCGGAUUGGUGGCUACGCGCACCGGAAAAGGUACUGCGCGCGGAAGUAUAUGAUAAAGAGUUCGCGCAUGUGUUGACGUUGGAGCACGUUGCUGGCGAAGACUUUGUUGCACGUUGGACGUCGCCGCCGUUCCAGCGAUGCUAUGAUGUUAUGCACUUCAAAGCUGGCUUUAAGAUCCAGGGAGGCCAGGUGAAAGCAUUCGGCAUCCAAUACGCUGAGGAGCUGAAGGAUCUGAUAUGGUUUGAGAGUGAACAUGUAAAUGAUAUAGUAGAGAAGACGGGCAACCUACAAUUAACGUAG